GACUCCUCUAAUGAUGGCCUGCACCAGGCAAAACCUGGAGGUGAUCAAAGCUCUGGUGGAGCAUGGAGCCAACCCGCUGCUGAAGAACAAGGAUGGCUGGAAUUGCUUCCACAUCGCGAGCCGGGAGGGCCAUCCCCAGGUCAUCCAGUACCUGCUGGCCGUGUCCCCAGGCAGCUGGGCCACAGAGAGCACGAUAAAGAGAACACCUCUGCACACAGCAGCCAUGCACGGCUGUUUUGACGUUGUGGAGCUGCUCCUGGAGCGGUGCCAGUAUGAACCUGACAGCAGAGACAAAUGUGGAGUCACUCCCUUUAUGGACGCUAUCCAGAACGGGCAUGUCAACAUUGCCCGGCUGCUCCUGGAAAAACACCAGGCUUGUCCUACAGCCGUGGACGUGCUGGGCGCUCAGCCUCUACAUCGGGCAGCUGUCACGGCGCAGGAUGAAGCCAUCCAGUUCCUUGUCUCUGAACUGGGAGUUGAUGUCAACGAGAGAGCGACGACCCUCCAGCUCACAGCACUACACUAUGCAGCCAAGGAAGGACACGCGCAUACCAUCCGGACGCUGCUGUCCCUCGGUGCUGACGUCCACGCGAAGGAUGAGAAGAGCCGUUCUGCCCUGCACGCCGCCUGCGCCGGGCAGCAGGCGGACGCCGCACGGAUCCUGCUGCACGCUGGGCUGCGGGAUGCGCCGGACAGCGCGGGCACGCUGGCACAGCAGCUCGCGAGGAAGCCAGAUGUCAUCCAGGUUUUCCAGGAAACGAACGUCGGCAC